GGUAACUAGGCGAGAGUGUUAUACCGAUUACAUAACAAAAAAAGCCGUUAUACGUUUCAGGGUACCCGCCCCGCGGCGGUAUAUCGCGUCGGGGAGCAGCACGGCCAGCGAGUCGAGCAGGAGUACUACCGCCAGUACCUAGACGACUUUUAUAGGGUAAAUUUUGUUACAUAGAACGCCUAGACGCAGCAAAGGAAAGGGGAAUUGUUCAAAAAUCGAUUUUGAGGAUUCGUACGAUACACCAACGGGGGUUCGCAAACAAGCCGCGAGCUAGAGAUGAAGAGCUAGCCGUUAUUGUUGACUACUUUAUGGAGCUUCCGGCCGUUUAACUUUACACUUGGCUUAAAAUUAUAAUACUCGUAAUGUUAAUUGAAACGGCUUAAAACAGUCAUCGAGCAAUCAUCCAACAAUCGGCAUACCAAUACAAUCAGUCCCUAUACGUAAUCAUCAUAUUUUUGUACCCGAUUUACCACCGGCAAAACUUGUAAACCGUCGCGACGCACAUUAACGUCAAACAAUCAAUUUCGUCCAUUAGGAAGUAAAUACUGGACAGAACCGUGUCGCGCUGGCUUUAUUAACACUGAAGACUGAUAUUUUUAGUUCCACAGACACACCACACCGCUAAUUUCCCGGAUUUUCCGACCCUUUACGACAUAAAUUUUGCAAUUUCCAUAUUCCUUGCCCUAUAGUUAGAGCCACUUCACGUAGUCCCAAUCAAAAAAUGUUCCCUACUUAAGAGCACGCUAUAGGUAACUUUAGAAAGCACUACUAAUUGUUUCUAGAGAACUUAAACUCAACAUUAUAUAAAUAAAUCUAACGCUAGUAACUGAAGUAACGAUUUAAAAAUUGUUUUCUUAUAAUGAUUGAGUGAUAUUCGGCUGUGUUUUAACGACAUAUAUACGUAAAAAUUUUGUGUUUUGCCGGCAUAGUAUUGAAAUAUGUCCAAGCUAAUCGCCAUAUGUGUGUGUGAAGAAAACGUCGGCGCUUUUUAUUAGUUCACCGUCGAUGUGCAAUACUAUCAGCAUGUAACGUUUGUUAUUCAAUAAAAAAAUCCGUUUUACGAAGCAGUAGCGUAAUUCAAAUCGUGUGCGGCGAGCAUCGAAUCUAUGGUCUGUGUCUCUCGUCGAACAACCAAUUUCUGUUCCAUCAUCGCCAAUCGAUAAUAACCGAUUUGUGUGGGACGCGUUUGUCAAACAAUGUCAUUUGAUUUUAACCCGCAAAAUGGCUUCCAAAAAGUGUCUUACAAAAGAAAAAGCAGACUGAAACCGAAAACAGAGAUCGCGGCGCAAAACGAACUCGAUCCAUUUUUCGAUAAGUUGGCAAAUGUGAGACGCGUAAUCCAAGCGAAAGAAGAACUAGUGACAACGGACUUCUUCGAAUCGGUAACUGCGUCGUUAAGGGAAGGCCUGCAAACUCUUGACGGUAAAAAAUUCGACGAGAUCAUAUGUCUGGGACUGGGACGCGUGUCGCAACUUCUAGUGUCGCGUUAUCAGUUGGCAUUACUAUUGUGCCUGAGAGAACUCUACGGGGUGCAAGUGCGCGCGUCCGAUCCCAUUUUUAAUGAACAUGAUAAAAUUUUACUGGAUUAUUUUGACGUUUCGGUUGUGGACGAGAAUCUAGAGGGGAAAUAUCGCGCCGCCAGUGGUUCAGUUACCCUGUUUUAUCUACCGCAUUGCUCGAGACAAUUGACGAACAACCUUUUGUGGUCUAACUGGGGAUUGAACUUGAACUCGUGCGCGAUCAUCGCCAACAGUUUUAACCAAAUUGUGGAGAGUCGUGUCGGCAGAUGGGAAGUGAACGAGUCAGCGGGUUACAUCGCUCGAAUAUGCCCGUAUGUUUUAGAGUUGGCCGUCAUCAACAGUUUCAAAUAUUACGAGGUGUUUAACGAUACUGCCGUCCACUUUUUCCCGUGGAACAGGCUCAAGCUUAUUUCUGAGGAUUUCUGGGAACGGAACCCGGAACCUGCUUACGACCUCACCGACUUAGAGUUUAUAACCAAAGAGUUGCCUAAUAAAGUGAUUUUAUUCUAA